GGGUCCGACUACGCCCGCCGCUGUUCUCGCAAAAAACCAAACGGACUCACUCGAUUGACCGGCUCAAGCGCGGAAAGCUGACUUAAACCGGUGUUGGACUCCCUGUAACCAUACGAUCUUCGAACCUCCAAUUAACCAUUCCAUCUUGCUAUUCGAACGUCCAUCAAAAAGAGACCCACCCCACCAAAAUGACCAUCCCACUGCACACAAUCACCUCCUUCCGGGCGACCUUCAAUCCGUUCUCCCGGUCCGCUCGUCCCUGCCGCUUGCUCCUCUCUCUCCUCCGCAACCCUUCCACCACACCCGCCUCGAGUCCGACGCAUAUCGACAUCAAGGUUACUCAGCUGCCGCGCCACUCGACACAGCUCCCCGAGAUGACGGUAGGAUUCAGAGGAGGCAAGGAAGUCAAGAUCGAGGUGGGCAAGAACCAGAUGAAGAUCGGCGAUGUGAUCGAAGAACUUGCGCGUGUGGGACGGAGUAUCGAGCGAGAAGAGACCCUCAAGGGUUGAUUUUCGCGUCUGUAUAUUGUUCUUCGUGGUUUUCUAGGUAUCAUUGCGGGUUUUACGCUACGGCGCCGAGGACAUCGGGUUCGAGUUUUCUCAUUGUGCAUUUGUACUAUAGAAGGGGAAGGGCGAUGAUUGCUGCGUGUGAAAUUUGGAAAAGGUGUUGACGAGCCAUAACGUGAGUUGACGACCUUUGUAUAUAUUAGCAUUGAACAAGAUAUUUCUACUUUUC